UGGAACUCUGUAUUUUGUGCUUUGUGUACUCUCUCUCUCUCGUGGGGGUUUCCUCCCUCGGUGAUUAUAAAUCAAACCCAUUUCCUCCUUUUGCUGAUAUAGAAUCAAUUCCACACCCUUAAGGCAAGUCUUACAUGCAAGUGGCCUCCUAGCUAGCUAAUAUAGUAAUGGAGCUGAUAGUUAUCACUACGCUGUGUGUUCUCCUCUUGGCUUUGCUUACACCGUCUGCUUCUCUGCAAAUUCGGGCGCAAUCAUCAGAUGACAACGCCAAUGAAGUUCAGCAUGAUGCUCUCCCUGCACUGCCAAGGAAGAUCAGACUCUUUGAGGAUAAAGGAUAUCGAAGUCAAGAUCAUUUCCAAACUUACAAUGGACAAAAGGAAUAUGUUGCAGGCAAGUCGUACGACAAAGAUGAGCAAGUGAUGGUGCAUGGGCAUGGGAGGCAAGGGACACGGCAGGAAUGGGUGGAUCAGGGGGCAGAAACUUCCCCAUUUUACACAAUGGAUUAUACCCAUGUCAGAAGACGACGCCACAUUCAUAACAAGUCCAUGCCAGUUGCUCCAUGAAACAUAGGAGAAGAUGUCGGAUUUCCUUCCCGGAGCAGAUCAGAACACACAGUACUUCUAGCUUGUUUGGAUACAGUUUUGCAAAACUAAACAUCAUCAUCAUGUUUAUUAAUGUAAUUAGGGAAAUGAGGAAUGUUUUGUCUUCUUCUAUAUAUUCAUAUGAGGUUUGUGGCCGACAUAAAGGAGCAAAACCCUAGGAGUUGUUAGAAACAAGAGGUUCUUUGUCUGAUCUCCUACUUUUUCUUGCUAGUCAAAUGUGGGGUUAGAAACCCAAGUAUAUCAGGACGGUGUCACGACUCACGAUCGAUCGAGUUGCAUGCUAAUUACGAUCAUCUUUGUACUAGAUGGAGGGAAACCGAAAUUUGA